AUGCAGGCGUUAUCGAACGGGAAAUACAAGAGUUGCCUCCACAGGGCAGUGGUGAACAAGGAGAGAGCGAGGAAAUCAUUAGUGUUCUUUGUGAACCCAAAAGACGACAAAAUGGUGAGGCCCCCGAAAGAUAUAAUAAAAUUAUCGACAAGAGAGUACCCGGAUUUCACAUGGUCGGAUUUGAGGAAAUUCACGGUGAACCACUACAGGGCUGACGGGACUACGCUCCAAAACUUCGUCACUUGGCUUUCAGACCAAAAAAAGACAAUCAACUUACCUUAA